AUGCCAUCCACCCCUACAUCAGUCCCAGAGACUCGAGUCCUCUCCCCAUCACCUUCACUCUCCGACACAUCCGACGCACGUGAUGGAUAUUAUGCGCCGGUAACGCGGUCAGCAGCGCGCCGACAACACCUUUCAGGUGUUUCCGAGGAGGAAUCCGACUCAGGGAGAUCAAGGAGUCCACCUGCUGAAACUCCCUCUAAGAGUUCUGCACGACAACGCCGACCACCACGUCGAUCCAACCCCAAGAUCCCAGCAUCACCGCCUCCCACCAAUGGAAGCGCAUCCAAUGGAUUCCUUUCACCCCCAUCUAACAUCUCAGGUGCAUUGCGCGACAUCUCACGCUCACCAUCACCGCUCGGCCUGAUUCCUUUACAUAGUCGCUACCGCAGCUUCAUCCACCGCCAUGAGAUUCCCCGAAAGGUCCUCCACGUGUCAAUUGGUUUCAUUACACUCCACCUCUACAGCCAAGGCGUACAAAAAACUCAGAUCACUCCGGUGCUCUUGACCGCACUGGUCCCUAUAGCAGUGACCGACGUUGUACGACAUCGUUCGGAGAAGUUCAAUAAAUUUUACACUCGGUGCUUGGGUGCGCUCAUGCGUGAGACCGAGGUGACAGGUUACAACGGCGUGAUCUGGUACUUGCUCGGCGCAUAUAUUGUGCUCCGUUUCUUCCCCAAGGAUGUUGGUGUGAUGGGCGUGCUUCUGCUCAGCUGGUGCGAUACCGCAGCAUCCACCUUCGGCCGCUUAUGGGGCCGCUACACCCCUCGUCUCAGACAGGGCAAGAGUCUGGCUGGAACCAUGGCUGCUUGGUUCGUGGGUGUUGCCACGGCUGCUGCUUUCUGGGGCUGGUUUGUUCCCUACAUGGGUGCAUUCCCUAACGACCCUGAAGGCUCGUUCAUGUUCACAGGCCGCUUGAACCUGCUCCCGAACUGCGUACGGGGCUUGAUCGGCUGGGAAGCCGCUACCGAGACAUCAUCUUCUGUUAUUACCGGCCCUUUGGCUCUGGGAGCUAUGAGUGUUGUCACUGGCUUGAUUGCUGCCGGCAGCGAGUUCGUUGAUCUAUGGAGCUGGGACGACAACUUCACAAUCCCAGUUCUGAGUGGACUUGGACUGUGGGGAUUCCUGAAGGUCUUUGGCUAG